GACGCAUUUUGCAUCUCUAUGGCCGAUCGUGUCCCAGAGGUUCACAAGGAUUAAUUUCGGGAUCCGUGGAAAAUGAGACCCGGUAGAUUAAUUCGCAGGUCUCCUCAAUAGUAUCAUGUGCGCAGGAUGUUCUAAUACACUGCAGAGUUCUUACAUAUUUUAAUCUCCGUAGGAAUUCAUCGGAUAAUAUGUUCAGUUUUAAUCAAAUAUUUCGGGAUUAAUAUAUUGACAAAACUUUUUCGCAGUAGAAACGCGAUAUAGAAUAUAUUUUUUUUAUUGUAGAAAUGCGAUAUAAAUUUUUUUUUCAUGAUAGAAACGCGAUAUGAAAAAGAGAUGCUAAAGUUUGCUCGCUGUUUUUCAUUUAUCGCGAUCGAUUCGCUGGAGGAAACAGAAAAAUAACGAUGAAAAACGAGCUAAAUUAUCAUUUCGCGUUCGAUGUGUCAGCAUCGUCGGAUAGGUUAAAAAGUUACCUCCGUCGACCUUCUAGGUCGGCCCCCACAUUUGCAUUCGGUGGCAUCGCGUUACAUAAAAAAUAAACUUUGCGGAAAUUACGGGAUCGGAAGGACUUCGGAGCACUCAGCACGACCAUACGCACGACUCCCUUUCACGGGAAAUUGUUGGUUAUGUAUCGCGACGGAAACUUUCGCGAUGUCGGAAACGCAAGUAGUUAACUUGGAUCACGAGCGCAGCAUGCCGAUGCCACCAUCGGCCAUGGCUCCCGAGGGCUCCGCCUGCAAUUUAAAUAGCCGCGACACGCAGCAAGUGUCUCCGGGGGUCGUUGGACAACAGCAUCGGCUUACCAGCAGCCUGAUCUCGGUCGGGUCCAGCGUCUGCCGAAUAUGUCACACGAACACGGCGAAGGAACCGCUUAUUUCCCCUUGUAGGUGCAAGGGCACGCUAGCGUACGUGCACUUGUCCUGCUUGGAACGAUGGCUGAAUCAGUCGUGCCGAACGUACUGCGAAUUGUGCCGGUACUACUUCAAUGCCGUGGAGACGCCUCGUUAUCGAUGGCCAGAAUCUCUAAGGAUAUGGAUCAGCCAUCCGCGAAAUCGUGGGAAUAUAGAAUCAGACCUGCUCAUCUUAACGUUACUCACCAUCGUUACGGUGGGAUUAGCCGCGGUGUGCCUUUUGGGUAUGCGGUACUUUAUCAUUGAGGGAAAAAAGAUUGGAAUUUCCAAGCUCUGGACGCGAGGGGCGAUAUGGUUCUUUCUGACCAUCGUGAUAUUAGGCUAUAUCACCACAGUUUACCUGCUCUGCAGGAACCAGGUGUCGCCGUGGUACAGGUGGUGGAAGAGCACCGUCAAUGUCAGGCUUGUCGUGGACCCUCAAUUGCUUCGCCGUCGACCCUCGGACGAGUCCUCUCAAGACCACGAUGGGUCGAGGGAGACGACGGCGACGUCUGCGGUCGAUACGUCAUAAAGCGAAUGUGUGUCGAAUAAAAAGUGAAAGGAACAUGAUCCUAUAUUUGCCAAAGAACUCCAUUGUCAGAUUGAAAAAAAAACGUCAUUCUCAAUUUUCCCGAGCUAUCUCCUUCCCUCCUAAAAAAUGGACGUUUGCAAACCAAUUGGAAUGAAAUUUUUUAACGCCCUGCCUUCUCCACGUCUGUGACAUAAAUCCAGGUAAAUCGAAAGUCCGAAGCCACGCAAUUAGCAGUAAACAUCUCGCCUUGUCUCGCAGCAGUAAGCCCCGCUUAAAUGCUGGCGUUACCGGUGACUUUAUCCGGUAGUUAGUUAAGCUGCGACAAACCAAUUACAGUGCUCCGCCGAGGGGGAAGGGGUGGUAUUGACACUAUUGACUAUCGUUCUGAAACGCAGAGUGUUCGACGUUGAAAGGUUGAAUACCUAUGUUUUAAUGAUUUUAUGAAAAAUUGAAGAUUUUUUGAGGAAAUGUUUUCGAAUAGACGUAUGAAAUGAGUAGUCACGUGAUUCUCGAUUAAAUUUUAUUCAGUAUUGUAUGAAUGUUUGCCUUAUAAAUUUUAGUCAAAAUAUAUAGGGUUUGUAUGAGUUCAUAUUUAACAUAUUAUCGCAUUAUUCGGAUGUAUUCACGGAAAGAAUGAUUUUGUUGAAAGGUCUAAAA